AUGGUUUCAUUUCUACGUGUCCUUGCAGUCCUUGCCACUAUCCUUUCUCCGGGCAUGCUUGUCCAUGCCGGUAAGGAUGACAAGCCUCUCAAGCUCUACGGUGACCCCCCCGUAUCGUCGAAACCAAAUCUUCAGUGGAGCGACCAAGGUGCUCGUGCUCCAGCCAAUGUCGGUCAUCAGCUGCCGAAGAAUAGAGCGAGUGUCGACCCCCCUGUAUCCGUGAAACCAAAUCUUCAGUGGAACAAUCAAGGUGGUCAUGCCCAGAUCAAUAUCGAUCAUCAGCUACCGAAGAACAGAGGGAGUGUCGGUGGACAUGUAGGUUACGAGUGGAGAGGUGCCGAUCCCACUCGGCCGGGCGCCGGUGCCCCGUACGUGGGAGGUCGAGUCGUUAUUAACAUUCCUUGA